UCGAGAUAGGUUCAAGCAGUAAACCUCUGAGGCUAAUUUUGCACAUUAGGUACAGCAGAAAUAUAAAUUAAUCGUCCAUCAGUUAUUCAUUGACCCCCCCUAUGUUCUAGACAAUGCGUUGUAAAGGAGUUACAUAGUCAGAUGGGCACGGAAGUAAAAUUACUUUGGCGGUAAAGCAAGCUGUGGGGAGAGACUUGAAGCAGGGAGACCAAUUAGAAGCGUCGUGGAAUAAUCCAGGUAAAAGUACUAGCAUUGCCAGGGAGGUCGGAAGCGCUUUGCAAGCCCCCGAAUGGCUCUACAGAAAUGUACGCCGUCUAUCAAGAACAGUUUCCAGGAACUUUUUCCAAAGCUCUUACAAAAGGAGCAGAAAACUCAGAUUUCCUAAUUCUGCCUCGUGACUCCCUGGGAACGGGCGAAACCAACAGCUGAAAUUUCUUAGAGGACAGGGGAGGCUCGGAGGGAAGAGAUGGCGCCUCUGCUUCAGCCUUCCCAGCCUCCACCCUUUGCCUCCCACUUUUGGGCAAUGGAUUCCGCGGGUCACAUGAUGGGAUGGGGCUCGUGACUUCGGACCCUCCCGGGAAUUCUCACUUGAUCCCUUACUUGCUCCAUCUCUCAUUCACUCUGUGUCUUGCACUCUGCUUGCAAAGAUGUUGUGCGGAGGGACUUCAGCAACCAAGCCGGCUACUGAUGAAACACAGCGGAUCGCUGACGCGGUGAAGGCAGAGCUUGAAGAGAAAGAAAAUAGGAAGUUCUCAACCUUUAAGACUGUAGAAUUUAAAAGUCAGAUGGUUGCUGGAAUAAACUACUUUAUUAAGGUUCUUGUUGGGGAAGAGGAAUUUGUACAUUUGAGAGUAUUCCAAAGUCUCCCUCAUGAAAACAAGCCAUUGCAACUAUCCAGUUAUCAAACCAACAAAGCCAAGACGGAUGAACUGGCCUAUUUUUAACGCACUAUUUGGAAUAGUGGCCCUUUUGUCUUUUAUAUGGGUAUAUUAUAUACACCAUAUAGUAAGGUAUUAAAAUUUGGGACAAUAAAAGAAAUCUGAUCUUUAAUAA